GCAGCGUCAGCACCUCAGUGCACGCUUACUUGUAUACUAUGUUGUUGGCUUACUACUAGCUAACCCGCGCUCGGCUUUUUAGCUUCUUCGUCAUCCAGUUGACGCCGCUGGUGAUGACGUUGCUGAUGCCUUCUGCUCGUUGGCUUGCGUGUGCGUGAGUGUGCGAUUAGCCAAGUAAUCGCAGUCCCCAGUUUGUUGUGUUGUGUCGCUUUUCGAGACAUUUGCGGCACGGCGUAUUGCCAUUUGAACGUUGAACGCGAGAGCGUUGUUGUGUUAAUGCGCGUGCGUGUGGUGUACUAAAACUUUUCAUUUACUAGCUAAUUGAGUGGCUAGUAAAUUUGCAGAAAACAAAUGAAAUUGAGUAAUGGUGUUGGCAGUGUUUGUGAUUGAGACGCGCCAAACAAGUGAAAAUAUUAUAUAUUGAAGCAAACAAUUAAAAUAAAAUAAAAUAAACGAAACAGAUCUGCCAAAAAACCAUUUGUCAAUUAACUAUAGAUCAGUGCUUUGCGUGUGUUGUGUUUUUCUUUCACUGCCAGUGAAAGAGUUUGCACCAAAAAAAUAUUUCGCACAUUCCGCUUGUUUUUAAUUAAUGUUUCUUAUAUUAAGUCAGUUCAGCAGCAAGCACAUUUGCUGCUGACUCACCUGUGAUUAAGUGUGCGCAAUAAAGAUGGCUAUACCACCACCACCGGGUCCACCGCCGCCACCAGGGCCACCACCGCCUCCGGCUAUGGGAGGUCUCAAAUUAGGUGGUGCCGGUGGCGGAGAUAUGCGUUCAGCGCUCCUACAAUCCAUACAAAAAGGCACUAAACUGAAAAAGACUACAACAGUUGAUAAAAGCGGACCAGCCCUAGCAGGAAAGAUUUGCGAUUCAACGUCAUCCGCAACGAGUUCACCGAAACGAAUACACAACAAUAAUAAUAACAACAACAAUAUCAGUAAUAGUAAUAACAAUAAUGUGGGCAAUGGCGCACCAAAAUUGGGUGGCUUAUUCGAAGGGUUAACCUCAAUGCCCAAACUGAAGCCAGUCAAUGGCACUAGUCGUGCCCAAGCACCGGCAAUCCCCACUGCUACCAAUAACGACUCGUCCGCAGUGAGUAGACGCAACGACACAUCGCCACCGGCGAACGCCAACAGCGGAAAUAACGGCAGCAGUAAUGGUCCAUUAGAUUUCAAUACUGAACUAACAAAACAUUUGACGCUGAAGCGGCAGAAGCAACAGCAGCUACAACAGCCGGUCAAUGCGACCGAGGCGAAUUUACGCACAAAUCGCGGACCACCACCGCAGCCGCCAUCGACGCCACCGAAAAAUCUCUCAACGCAGAGCGCCUCCGACUCGGUGUUGGAGAAAACGAGAGGUAUUAACGCGUCGUCAGCUGGUAUACGCGCCAGUCCGUUGGCGGCAAACCACAGCAAUAGCAAGGCAUCAUCGCCUACGCUUUCGGAGAGCAGCAAUGGCAGCAACAAAAUCGCUGGUGGUGGCAGCAGCAAUAGCAUCAAAAGUAAAGCGGCUAGUUUGAAUUUAACAUUAGGCAAAACAAAUUCAAAUGUUGUAAAUAAUAAAAGUAGUAAUACAAACUCUUCUUCAACUACAACGACCUCGUACAAUUAUAAUUCAAUCAACAACACAAUUACCACAACAACAACAAACAAAACAACAACAAACCAUUUAAACUACAAAAGCAGCCUGAACAGUACACUGUCGAAAGCAACACAAUUCCAACAGCAGCAGCAAACAUCACCUGCACCGAGCCGAGGCAAUAUCCUACCGAACAAGUCAUCAUUAUUCGGCACGAAUGGCAUAAAUAGCGCUGCUGGCUCCUCUGCAACGGGUAGUAACAAUUCGCUUGCCACCCCUACCACAGCAUCAACGACGACGCCGACUAAUAAGUCGCCGACGCCAAGUUUGAAGCCGGUGCCAAAUCAUGGCAAACCGAAUUUUGCUCCCAAACCGCCAGGGUUACAGCAAUUGGCAUUGGCGAGCAGUCAACGUACAACCGUGUCGCGCCAUCAUAGCAUGAAGUCGCCAAGAUCACCACCAAUUGCAGCGCCAGGUGCGCCCAUAUUCCCCAACCAACAACACUUCGGCACAAUGCGCGCACCACUCGCCCAACUGUAUCAGUCGCAAGAAGCAAUCAACAGCAGCGGCAUGCGUCCAGCGCCAAAUCCACCAAUUGGUCGGCCUACAGUGGCACCACCGAAACCGCCAUCAGUCAAACCACCGCCACCGCCAACACCGGCGCGCAGCGUCUCCAAUUCCAAUCUGAAUAGUAUUGUGGGAGGCCAAAGUACCGCUGCCAAUGGCAAUGCGGCCAUACCAUAUAGCGCUGUGAACACUACACUUAUCUCUUCCGUAAACAGCAAUAAUUACUCAUCGCCCACCACAACGCAACCACCUUCCAAUUCUUCUUCCACCAGUAGUGUGUCAGCGUUGCGUGAUCAAUUUCGUAGCACAACAAAUGCAACACCACCACCACCACCACUGCCGCCAACAGCAAGCGUUGCUGCUGCCAAUAUGAAGUCGUCCAGCAGUAGCAGCGCUCAGGGCAGUCCAGGUAGUCCCGGCAGCAGGCAAGCGUCGAGUCGAGAAAAGCCCAUAAAGGCAAUCAUAUUGAAUGGUGGUCCAUUGAAUGCGCCACCACUGCCACCACAUCGAACAGUUCAAGCGCCCCCGCCGCCGCUACGUCAAACGAGUAAUACUGGCAAUAACGUGGCACCAGUGCCGCCACAACGACACUCUUCCAUACGCGCCAACGCACCUGUAACACCGCCAACAGCCAACAACAACAAUAUGCCCAUGUUCGGCAACAAUGCUGGCAAUCUAUCGCACGCCAAUUCAGUCAGCCGUUUGAUCACCGAUUUGGAAUCCCGUUUCGUCUUCCACAAUGUCACCGAAUUCCCAAAACCGCCACCGUUUCUAAAUAUUCCAAAAGUCUAUACAGCCAAAGCGAAUGCGCCACUUCCAGGAACUAACAUAAACAACAACAACAACCAUUUUGAUGGGCAAAACACUGCAACACCAACAACAGCAGCAGCCUCCACAGAUACAACAUCACCAGCGGUAGCAAGCGGUGUGGCACGCAAACAGCUAGCACAACCGUUAUUUCCCUUGGGUGUGAAGAAGCAUCGCGCACCCGCACCACCACCGCAAGCCGGUGUGGCUGCGGCAACGGUAUCUGUGAUAAGACAAUCGAGUUUCCUUUAUGGCAGCGCCGGUGUGGGUGGUGCUGUAGCACAACAACAACAACAAGCACAGCAGUGGUAAACAUACCUCUGUAAUGUGUAGUGGAGAGGAAUGGAUUAGAGUGGAGUGGGUUGGAGUGACGUAUGUGAAUCAUAGUAAAAACAUAUUUUUAGCAAGAUAAUUAAAAAUAAAAUAACUAAAUAUAGGCAUAAUUAAAUAAAUCAGUAUUUAGUAUUUAAUAUAUGUUAUAUUGAAUAUAGUAUGAAUAUGUAAGUGUAGUUGUAUUUGUAGUUUAAUAUUCUCAAAAGCAAUUUCUGAUGGUGCACACGAUUCGGCGGAACACCUGUCACUUAACUUCUUAAGCGAAGUUGUUGUAAUUUCUAAAGUAAACUAUAGUAAUUUUUAAAAAAUAUACAUAUAAGCAGGGUUGUGAAUUCUUUAAUUAAAAGAUUUUGG